CAGAGGGAAUGACGAUUUUUUGCUGCUAUAACCAGCUGAUGCUGAGGCUGUGAACACGGAGCCUCUGAAGAACUGUUGACGGUACAUUGACACCCUGCCAUUGGCUCUAUGCCUGCGGAUUCGGUCUCAUCUCCGUCCAGAGACUGAGUGAGUAGGAGAUUUGAUCGUGUCACGACGCACAGGCCCCGGGUUGCUCCCCUCCCUCCACUCCUGUCGCUCCACAUGAUGUUUCUUCGUCUUCCCACAUCAUCAUUUUCAUGGGCAUGAUGCUGUGUGCUUCACAGAUUCAGCUUUCUCAUCUCACGCUGGAGACACAUCACAUCUGCAGGUUCACUCGUGUGGAGUUCUGGAUGGAAGCACAAGACGCGCAUUAAGACAUGGAAUAAAGUGACGACUGAGAAGACCUGAGUCAGAGCCGUAAAUAACAGAAACUGACAUUUAAAAGAUUAAAACUAAGUCUGGAGAGCGAGAGGAAGUGAGAAGUCAUCGUGGAAGAGGAGUGAAGAUGGGGUGUGGUCAGACUCUUUCCAUGGUUCUCCUGGAGUCAUCAGUUCGCUCCGUCAGCCGCCGGUCGAAGCAGGAGUCGCCUUGCUAAACAAUCCGAGCAGCUCGUUUCACCUGCUGGAGGAGACCCCACUCUCGGUGAUGUGAUGAAUAAGUUUGAAGUCCUUGGCAUUGUGGGAGAAGGAGCGUAUGGAGUGGUGCUUAAGUGCAGGCAUAAGGAAACCAAUGAGCUGGUGGCCAUUAAGAAGUUCAAAGACAGCGAAGAAAAUGAGGAGGUCAAGGAGACGACGCUUCGGGAGCUGAAGAUGCUUCGGACGUUGAAGCAGGACAACAUCGUGGAGCUGAAGGAGGCUUUUCGAAGACGAGGGAAACUCUACCUCGUCUUUGAAUAUGUCGAGAGGAACAUGCUGGAGCUAUUAGAGGAACUGCCAAAUGGUGCGCCGCCUGAUAAAGUCCGAAGCUACAUCUACCAGCUCAUCAAAGCCAUCAACUGGUGUCACAAGAAUGAGAUAGUACACAGAGAUAUCAAGCCAGAAAACCUCCUCAUCAGCAAUGAGGAUGUUCUCAAACUCUGUGACUUUGGUUUUGCUCGUAACCUGUCUGAAGGAACAGAUGCAAACUACACUGAGUACGUGGCCACAAGGUGGUACCGCUCUCCUGAGCUGCUGCUGGGGGCUCCCUAUGGAAAGGCGGUGGACAUGUGGUCGGUGGGGUGUAUCCUCGGGGAGCUUAGUGAUGGACAGCCCUUGUUUCCAGGGGAAAGCGAGAUUGAUCAGCUCUUCACCAUUCAGAAGGUUUUGGGGCCACUGCCUGCAGAACAGAUGAAGCUCUUCUACAACAACCCUCGAUUUCACGGAAUCAGGUUUCCCUCAGUUACUCAUCCUCAGACUUUGGAGAGACGGUACCAAGGCAUCCUAAGUGGCUUGAUGUUGGAUUUGAUGAAGAAUCUCUUGCUGCUAAACCCCACUGAGCGUUAUCUAACGGAUCAGAGUUUGAACCAUCCAGCCUUCCAGCCUCUGAGGCAGGCAGAGAGAGAGCGGCCUUCUCCUGCAUCUCCCAAUCCGCCACGAUCCUCAAAGAGGAAAACACACCAUCAUGGAGAGAACACAGUUCCUACAAGGAGUCACACGAAGAGCUCAAGCCGUCGCUCAAACAGUAAAGAAUGUUCCAGCCUCCCUCGCCACGGGGACCUCCAUCAUCUCGGCAAUGAGAGUUUCCUCAAUGGUAACAAACCAGCCCCGACCAGUUUGAGUCCGACGCUACAUCCUAAGGGCCAGUACUUGUCCCAGACCCUAAAUCGUUCUGCCUCAUCCAGCAAAGACCUGGCAAACAACAACCUGCCGCACCUUCUCAGUCCCAAGGAAUCCAAAAACAAGACAGAGUUUGACUUCAACUUGGGACCUUCCCCAAAGCUGUCGGACCAGGGACACGGUGCGAAGUACGGCCAUGGCAAACAAAGCUCCUCUCGCUCUCAGCAGCAGCAGCAGCAGCAGCAGCAGCAGCAGGCCGGCCGACACACUUUCCUAGAAGGCAAGACCAACACACUACAGUCUGGAGGAGAGAAACAACACAGCCGACACGCCCAUAGCAUGGCGGACUCCGCCCAUGGAUCCAUGUCGUCGUCCUCUAAAAGUUCGGCCUCUUACCUCAGCCUGUCCAAGAGCCACAGUGCGCUGAGCGAUGCCAAAUCUGUUGGAAACCUCAGCGACGGUCGACUCCACCCGGAUGACCCAAACGCCAACACGACAGCUGGGGUCGGACCCGGCGCUCGCUUCUUCCCCGCCAGCUGCUUAGACCUCAACGCCCCUUCAGGUCCCCCAGGGCCCCCAGGAAGCCCCUCUGCUCGACACAGCGACCGAUCUGGACACAGUCCGGCCUCUCGUAGCAGCGGCACCGCCCGCAUGGAGAGCAGCACCCUGGACUCCUCAUCCAGACACAAAUCCAGACAUAAAUCUCUAGCGCCAGAUGCUGGUGCUCCGGAGCUUCUAGACCCAGGAGGAGUUGGGAUGCCCUCCACUCACACGCUGCCUUCCCCACACGAGUCUUAUCACUAUGGCCUGGGCUACACCUCCCCCUUCUCCUCCCAGCAACGGCCCCAGCGGCACUCCAUGUACGUGAGAAGGGAACGCCACCGACCGCACGGGGUGGAGGGCGGCAUGGCGGGCUUGCCUGCUCCUGGACAGGCCAUACCAACCCGAGCCAGUAGCCUGCAGCUCCUGUCCCCCCAGCUGCAGCACCGGACCACCCUCACCGGACACUCAGUGAGCUCUUCCAGAGAGGACUGCACCGAUGACAUGACCAGGAGUGAGCAGUCCCCUAAAGACAUGAGCCACCCUUGUGCCCCCAUCAAAGACUCUACGAGGGACAACACUGCUGCUUUUCAUACACAGCGCUCUAAAAACGAGGUUGGCAUGUAUCACGACCCUCAUGUCGAGGAUGGAGGUUCAUCCAAGGAGAACCGGAUGAUCUUCACCGAGUCGAUGCCUCGGAGAGUCGGCAGCUUCUACCGAGUUCCUUCCCCCAGACCAGAUAACUCCACUUCUUUCCAUGACGGUGUCGGUCAGGGUCGAGGGCCGGUUGGACCCGUUGUACCCGGAGACCCCGUUGCUAUGGCCAACCACUCCAAACGGCAGACAGCUUUUGACUGGACUGCUGCAGAAGCGAUGGUCAUGAAUCCUCCAGAGCCCGCCAAGGAGAAGGAAAAACAGGGCUUCUUCAGAUCCAUUAAAAAGAAAAAGAAGAAGACACAAAUAACGGACAUGGAGGACGGGAGGAACCCCAGCAUCAAGAAAAGCCUUUUCCCCCUCUUUAGCUCUAAGAAUAGCUUAAAGCACAACUCAGCUGUCAAAGUCCUACCCGUAGUCGCCUCGCCUAUGGUACAACACCAGCCUCCCGCGCCCUACCCUGCCUCACCAGUUCCGGGUAACGGACAAGAACACCUGUCGCUGCAGAGGAGCUCCAAGUCGUCCUCUCACCACGGCAGCCGGCGGAAAAACCGCGAGCGAUCCCGAGACAGGGACCGAGACCGAGAACAAAGCCGAGACCGAGACCGAGACAGGGAGAGAGAGAGAGAACGAGAGCGAGAGAGAGAGAGGGAAAGGGAGAGAGAGAGGGAGAGAGGGAGGGAGAGAGAGAGAGUCAAUGACUGGCCACCAGACAAACCAGUGGACUCACACUCUCAGAGCCAACCACUCAAGUCGCUCCGUAGGCUCCUUCACCUCUCCCCUUCAUCUUCAAAUCAAGGACAGCCUCCUCCUCCUCCUCCUCCCGACCUGCGCUUCCAACAACCUCUACCCAACCCUCCUCAGCCCUCCUCCAAAGCCGGCUACCCCGAGGGUCGAGGCCACGCCGACAGCAGGGGGCACUCCGGGGUGAGCAGCUCCACCCAGGCCAAGAGCCGUAAACCCAGCUACCCCCUGCCGGGACAGAUCGAGUCCACCUGGCACGUCUCUGCUUUACAGCGGGCGGAGGGCGCCCAGUUCACCGCCGAACAGCUGGGCAUCAAACCGGGGCAGAACGGACCAACUUUUACCCGGGCCUCCCGCACCAGGAUGCCAAACCUCAACGACCUGAAGGAGACUGCUCUGUAAAACCAAACCACACCACCUCCAACACGGCUCCAUCCUCUGCCAGACAGACAUCAUGUUACUGUAGUAUAUGUUUACACAAGAGCCUCUUUCACUGGAUCAAGUCCUCAUUCAGAAACGAAGUCAUCUGUUGAUGCUCACGUCUCUGAAAUCUGCUAGACGUUAACAGGCCAAAACGCCAGUAACAGUGUCGUUUAGGGAAGCAAAGGGGCGCACUCCCUCUAGGGAUGCCAGUACUGAAUCAGUUGUACGUUGUUCUCUCUCUCUGCUACAAGGUUACAUCAGAAUAAGCUGAUCUUUCCUGUCAAGGAGACACUGCCUGUGUGGCCUCUUUGCUGCCAUCUUCUGCUCACAGGACACUACUGCAACACAUCAGACGGCCGCUGGCACACCGGUGGCCAAUAAACUCAAAUGUUUUUCAAACUCUGAUAUUUGAUAAGAACAAAAAGAAAAAAAGAAGAUUUAUAUCAACAUUAUUUAUUAAAUAUUUAUUUGUUUUAAAUUCAAGGAUAUAAGCUAUAAAUGACACAGUAUGUAGGCUAUAUGGGAAUAUUAUAAGGUAAUAUAGAAUUAAAUGUGUAAUUGCAAGAGCUUUAGUUUCGACACAAAGAAAUGCAUAGAUAUUUAUGUGUUGAUAAUACAAUAUGUCACAUGGAAUAUUUAAUAAUGGUGAAUGUCCUUUUUGGUUCAAUUUGAUAUGUUAUUAACAGAUUUUCAUGUUAUUUCGAGUUAUUUUUACCCUUUUUUCAGUUUGUUUCAUUAAAAUGUAAAGAAAAAAUGUACUGAUGAAUACAUGAAAAAUCUCUGACGUUACAUCUAGUACGAAUCUGAUCACUAUCCUCAUGACAUCAGUUUUGAAGUUUUGUGACAAGUUGGGCUAUUUGUCAUCAGGGUUUUGGUAGCAGAACAGCCAGAGUGAGACUGUUAGGCUCUGUGCUUCACAUGCAGUAAUUGUCAGCUCACUUUAUGUCCCACUGCUGGUGUCACCUUUUAAAAAUAAGCCCCAUUUUCAGUGUCUUUUCUCAGUGACAACAGCUUUCCAGCUCCAUGCUGCCAUGUUGGUUUUGUCUACAGCCUUAACAGCAAGUACUGGGCAUGUAUGUUUGCCCUCAUCACCACGCAACCCUGGUGAGACGUCAGUGUCUUAAACUGAGGUUUAACUAACACGGGACUGAACAUUUUAAGUGUUAUAAGAUAGCAAGAGAGCUCUCUGCAAAAAGGCAUACCUCACCUACAACCUUUAAGAUCUUAAAGGAUAAGUCUGGUUAUUUUAGUUAUUUUUUUAUUGUCAGUAAUUCCUUAAAUAUCGUCUGUGAAGGGAAAACCUGGCGUAUCUUGCUGCUUUGUGUGAUAGAACUCAAUUCUUGUCCAUAAUAAACAGUAAUAAGUUAAUUUUGUGACAGUUUAGGGAAUUAUUUAGAAUUAUUAUCAGUGUUGUGGCCGAUUUUUUAAAAUUUCCGUCUUCAUUAGGGGCCAGUAGUCUUGUGUAAGAAGUACUCAAACAAACAAACAGAACAAUCUGGCAAUACUCCAUUUCAUGCAAAAGUCCCACAAUCACAACUGAACUCGCAUAAAACAGAUAAACACAAGUAUCAUUCGUUAAUUGUACUUGAAGUAUGAAAAAUUUGAUCAUUCUGAUGCUUCAGUCAAGGUGAUCAAGGUGGAGCUGCUUCUUUCCAAGGAGUCACAAGGUCAAAUAUAUUUUCAAUCAUAAAUGUAAGGUGUCAGAAAAUCGUUAAUGGUGUAGAAAAUGAGGGGAAACCAAGUUCAGCUGCAAAAAUGUGUUUCUGUUUGUGGGAUUUUCUCUCAUUUCUUUAAUUCUGGGUUAUAUCUGGUCCUCAAAGUAUUAUUUAAAUAAAACAAUUUGAGAUGUUUAAUGGAAGAGAUGGACAUCUGAACUGUGACAAGGUACCCAAACUGUUUUUUUAAGGAGUCACAUCUUUUAAAAAAAAAAAGUAUAAAUCAAUGUAAAUGGACACACUCACACACAGUGCAAGUACCUUAAAAUUGUAUGUAGAGUAUUUGAGUAAACGUACUUAGUUACAUUCUGCCAUUUGCUGGUUUUGGGCUUUUCAUCAGACUUCACUGACAGUAUGAAUUACAUGAAAUAACACCAGACUUAUCCUAUGAUAUGUGUGUUUACAUUUCCUGUGUGCAUUUUAAAAGCUUGUGUCAUCAGAGUUUUUGUAAAUGCCUUUUGUAAAUUUGAAUUUGAUUUUCCUAUUUGCAUUCUUUUUAACAUCAACAGCCAUGAUCAGGGAUGAUUUUACUUAACUUGAUUGUUCAUAAAAGCAUUUACUUGUUGUCUUCUGACCUGUGGAUGAUUUUAAACAAAAAAAAAUGAAUUGUGUAGAACAAAACACUAUUUGUGGCCUAGACAAAGUAUACAGUGUAGUUCUUCUUCCAACGUCACUUUUAUCCUUCAUUCCUUUCUCCUUUGUGGUUUGAAAGCAUAAAGCAAAAAAAAAAAUAAACGUUUUUCCGUCACAGAAAGAGGGAACAAAGGAAAAUAAACAGUAAAACAUCUAUGGAGGAAAAGGAGAAUUUGGUUUGAGGAGUUUGUGUUUUUCCUCAUCUUUGGAAAGGAUUUAAACAAAGGAAGAAUAAAAGACAGAACCAAUUGAUUACAUGGCUGAUUGAGAGCAAUAACAUUCAGAAAACCACUCAGAGUGAUGCAGAUUGUAUGAGUCAAAUCAGUGACUGGUUAAAUUGGAGCCAAAUAUAGCACAGAAAAGGAUUUCCAGCAGGAGACUGUGAUUAAAGCGGGACAAGAUUCCACAUAUAGUAUCAACAAGUCAUUGCAAUAUAGUUUUUAUUUUCAAUUUGUCCCCGAAAGUGACCCGCAACUGGUAAAAGCACCCCAUGUUGUGUAUUAUAGAAAACUGAUUGAUUGUACCUGAUUGCUGACGUGGGUUUGUUGGUAUCAUUAAUGGGACAGAGUGAUGCUUGCCUUGCCAGUGACCCGAAGCCUUACAUUAGCUCAACACCUCAGAUGGAAAAUGGAGGCUUCAACCCCCCAGCAAGUCACCGAGAACCGAGACGAGAAGAAGACUUUUUUUUUGGUUCACGAAUAUGAAUGUGUUUCCUACAACAUCGUUCUUUUUUUUCCAUUAAGCUGUUUUCCCACUUCUGACAGGGUGUAAAUAGAAAUAAUAGAGUGUAUCUAUACUGACCGUUCUACUUUAACAACGAUAGGGUCUCAUAAUAAAUGCCAACUGUACAUUUUUGAA